GUGACCCCACUCACCCCACUCCCACCUCACCGGAAGUUGACCGCACUGCCUUGUGGGUGCCCGUGUGACGUCGGGAGGCGGGUCCAGGCGGACCACCAAGAUGGCGGCGACCAGGCGACUCUUUAAGGAGCUCACAGACAUCCGUCUGUCAAACUGCAAGAAUUUCCAGAACAUCAUUGUGGAUGAGACUAAUCUCUUAUUUUGGCAGGGUCUCAUCGUCCCGGAGAAAGCCCCUUACGACAAGGGAGCUUUCAAAAUCGAGAUCAGCUUCCCGCCCGAGUAUCCCUUCAAGCCUCCGAAGAUCAACUUCAGGACGAAGAUUUAUCACCCCAAUGUCGACGAGAAGGGACAGGUCUGCCUACCCAUCAUCAGCGCGGAGAACUGGAAACCCGCCACCAAGACUGACCAGGUGAUCCAGUCGCUGAUUGACCUGGUGAACCAUCCUGAACCUGAGCACCCCCUGCGCGCCGACCUUGCGGAGGAGUUCAGCAAGGACCAGAAAAAGUUCCUGAAGAACGCCGAAGAGUUCACCAAGAAGCACGGCGAGAAGAGACCCACACAGGACUGACGCACCACCUAGCACCACCUAGCACCACCUAGCACCACCUAGCACCACCCAGCACCACCCAGCACCACCCAGCACCACCCAGCACCACCUACCACCACCUAGCACCAC